CACUAACAAUCAAACUACAUCUGUCAGAUUUUUCGUCAAAAUUUUGUGUUCCCCUUUCAUGUGACAAAAUUCGCUGUGAUGAACUCAUUAAUCAGAAAUGUUAAAUCCCUUAAUAUUCCUGGCAUCAAGUACAUUUCCAAUAAAGUCACUCCAUCCCUUUCAUCAAUAGAACAUGCCAGCACCAGCGUACCUUCACGUGAUUCUUCUUCGCAUUUCCAACGCUCAAAAUCUCUACCUCCCAUCUUGCACACCUUUAAGUCAAUUGAUGUACCUUACAAACUGAAAAAUCCACAAGAUAUCUCACCGUUUAGAGCUAGAAUUAGCCCUGGGUUAACGCGACCCACAUUCAAAGUCUUUUCGAAAAGAUUCUUCAGUUGGAAGGCUGGAAAAAGCAAAGUAAAAAGUAAAAAUACCGAGAACAGAAUCGAUAGGAAAAGAGGCAGAGGUAUAAUUAGAGACACGUCGUAUAAUACACCCUGUAUUAAACCGAAAGAUGAUAAAAAGAACUCCAAGACCAUGUUGUUGGACGAUAUGUUAGAGAAAGAUAAAACCCAAGCGGAUAACAGCAGAACAAUACAUCUUUUAAGGUCAAUCAGCGGACCUAGCACAUCAGUCCAAGAAAAACUAAAGCCUCUACAUAGAGAAAUGAAAUCCCAGGCCAAUACUAUCAAAGAUAUAUUGAAUUUAAACGAGGAAAUAAAGGCUAAGCAAGUGAAAGAUAACAUCACGAUAACUCACUGUAAAAACAAGGUUACUUUUCACUAUUUGGCUCCGAGAAGCGACUGUAAGCAGUGCGAAUCGAAAAACAGUAAAAGAGUUUUUGAUUUUUACGAGAGAAAUGUACCAAAACUCGGGAAGUAUUCGAAUCAAAAUAAAACCAGAUUUUUUUCGUCGUACUGUAAACCACCUGAAACUCCCAAUCCAGAGGAGACUCAACCAGUUAAAAAAGAAACCAUUAUUGUAAAAGAUCAGAACAUAAUGGCGAAUAAAUUUGAUCAAAACAAGUCGAUAUCGUUGUUUAAUUUGAUCAAGUACCGAACGAGCCUUUCCAACGAGUUCUUCGCAACCAACAGAUACAAAUUCGAGGCGAAACAAAGACCGGACAUCUACCAGUUCCAGGAAGACAAAGAAAAGGAAAUGUACGACCCGUACCCCUUGGAAAUGUUUAACGAAGAUGCAGUAAACUGGAGCUUGGACACAGCUAGAAGUAUGGAACAGAAACAGUCUAGUUCCUUCUUGGACAGCCAGUUCAAAGACGAUUACGUGAUGUUGAAAGUCCCCGACGCGGCGAACAAUUUGGAGUACGAAUGCGGCAGCAAAAAAUGUCCCGACUGCGGAACCGGUGAAAAAACGGCUCCCUGUAAAAUCAAAGCCCCCAAAAAGAAAAAGGGCAAAAGGGAGAUCGAUGAGAAGUGCAGGAAGCCUGUUAAAAGGGCUCCGUGCAAAAAGGACAGCCCCUGCGACCAGGAUUGGGGAGGUAGUCGCUUGUCUGGUCCCGCUAACCCUGAACAAACUCUUCUGGAAGGAACUACGGUGAAAGAGUACGAACUAGGCGGAUGUAGGAACUGUAAUAAGGGUAUUAGACAGUAUCCAUCGAAGAAACCGAAAAGGAACGAUCCCAAAAGGGACCGUUCAAGAGUUAAUAAGCCUGGAAAGAGCAAGAAGAACGCAGGUAGGAGACCGGAUUUUCAGUCGCUGUCGUCAGUAACCGCCACAAACUAUUUUUCCGGUGACAUACUUAACCAAAGAAAUUUCGUAGAGAGUGGGAAGAAUACGAACAGCGACCACCAAUUUCUGAAUAUCUGUCAAACAGAAAAAGUCGAAAGUGAUGAGAAAAAAUCGUUGCCCAAGUUCUUCGUGCAUCCCAAAGACGAUCUCAAUGAAACGAUAGGUAACGCCUUUGAACUGCCUCCAAAGGUGGAAAUCAGCGAAAAAUCGAAGGAGAUGCUGGCCAAAGCGAUUAGGAAGAUGAUCCAACCGGUUAUUGAGACGGAGUUCAUGAAGUAUGACGAGGUUAAAGCAGCUGUUGAAAGAAUGGAACAAAACUUAGAGAGCUGUAUAAGAACUCUAUCUAGAGCCUUACAAACCACGGCAGUUUCACCUCUAGCUUUGACAAAUCAUGAAAGUGAAAAACAGAAGGCAAUGAAAUUGAAAUAUCCCCGGAGGGAGAAUUCCGAACCUCAAAUUAUUGAGAGAAGUUUAUACCCCGAAAUAAAAGACCCUUUCAAAAGUAAAUGGGAACACCGCGAUCCCAGAAACAUAAGUUCCAUAGACAUCCCUUCGACAGAAAAAAGAAUUAGUUACGAUGAACCCGAAAACGACAAUUUUACAGAUCACGCAUUCAGUGAAUUUUUAGCCAGCCAAAAACCAUUUCGAGAAAUCAGAAAAGUUAAGAGCGAAACCCAGUCAAAUUUUCGAAACCUAGAUAGCCAAUCGAAAAUUAGUGAACUGAUAAAAACCUCACAAAUUCUAUGUAGCGGCAAGGAUCCCUGUAAGAAAGAGGAUCCUUGUAAGAAAAAAGAGGAUCCUUGUAAGCAAAAAGAGGAUCCUUGUAAGAAAAAAGAAGAUCCUUGUAAGAAAAAAGAGAAUGAUCCCUACAAUUGUGUCAAGGAGAAAAAAUCAAACAAUAUGGCGGAAGAUCCUUGUAAGAAGAAAGAGGAUCCUUGUAAGAAAAAGGAGGAUCCCUGUAAGAAGUCUUGCUUUACGCCCAUAGAGACUUGUAAAGUCGAUCCCUGCAAUAGUCCCUGUAAGAAGGAAGAGCCUCCUUGUAAGCCUGCCAUGGAAAGUGUCAAAUACCCGUCAAACCAAUCAGCGGAUUCGUAUGGAAAUAUGACGAGGUUUGAAGUUACUUGUGAGAAAAGUAAAAAAAUGGCGGAACGAGAGUGUUGCCAGCCCCCUGUGACGUGUGACGAGAGUAGUAGUUUUAAGGGUGCCGAACUUAAAUGCGGAAAAAGUGCCACCAUGCCCAAAAUUAGGCAACCUCCGAUGGCUCGUAGCUGCGAGGCAACGGAUGCUUGUAAAUCCCUACCUAUGCCAGAGAAUUGCCCUUUAAAACCGGACUGCAAUCAAGGAUGCCCUGAAGGUAAACCGGCCAGUUGUUACCAAACCGCUUGCAAAAUAAAAAAGGAACCCUUUGAAGAUACUAACGCGAGAAAUACAUGUAAAAAUGAAAUUAACGUUGACCACGGAAUGAUAGGAAUGAAACAAUUAAAAAAAUGUGAUUAUACAAAAAACGCUCCAUGCGCAUCAUAUAAUCCGAUAGAAAAGCCAGAAACCUUCAUCCGGAUAACACCAGAAGAAAAUGAAGUCAAACACGAACCUUCUGUAAAGUUACGUGAAUGUCCGCAGCCCACGGAAAAGGAAAAACGAUAUUGCGACGACAACGCUUCCAAAAAAGAAGAAGAGGAAGAAAAAUUAGCGAGGAUCCAGGCCGUCGAGGAGGCGCGCAAGAAAGAGCUGGAGAUGGAGUGUAGUAGAAAGCCGGUCGAGUUUGGACAGUCGUUGAAAAAUAAGUGGAUACCGGUAAAAAUUGAAAAUAAAAAUCUGAGUGACUCGAAGACACUGUCUAAAACUGUUGAUAGUAAACAGAAGGAAAACCAGCUAAAAACUGUUCAAGAAUGUAAUUCAUCGUCUAAAUCAAAAAGCCUGGUCGAAAACUGCUCCAAUAAAAUAUCCGACCUUUGUAUGAUGAUCGUGCGAAAACAUAAAGGCGGAAAAAAGGCUGCGCCCAUCGUUGUUACUCUCUCGAGAAGUCAGCCAAAUUUAGACAGCUUUAGUGGCCAUGCAGCGUCACUGCUGAUGUGUCCUGGCGGAUCUAGUCAUGGAAGUGGAGGUAAUGGUAACAAAAAGGACUGCUCUCCGUUUGGUUUUUUCAAAGGGAGCAAAAAAUCUAAUUCGAAAAAAAAGAGUUCAGAUGGAGAAAAGUUUCUAAAAAUUAAUGAUGACUGUAAGAAAAACAGUGGAAAGGAAAAGAAAUCUAACUCAAACAAUUCAUGCGCGACCGAAAACAAAUCUAAACCGAACGAUUCAUGUAAAACCAAUCAAGUUAAAUCCGAACCCUGCAUACCCUGUAAGCACGAAGAUUACAGUAAAAAACAAGUUCUGAAAAAAACGAAUAAUUGCGCGAAGGAGAAAGACGACCCCUGUAAGAAAAAAGAAGAUCCUUGUAAGAAAUCGGACAAGGCAUCGGAUAAGGAUCCGUACAAUUGUGUCAAGGACACGAAAUCUAAAACUAAGGCGGACGGUGCUGGCAAAGAAAAGGAGGAUCCUUGUAAGAAAAAAGAGGACCCAUGUAAGAACAAAAAUGACGCCUCCAAGAAAAUAGAAGAUCCUUGCAAGAAAAAAGAGGAUCCGUGUAAAAAGAAAGAGGAUUCUUCUAAGCCAAAAGAAGAUCCAUGUAAGAAAAAAGAGGAUCCCUGUAAGAAAAAGGAUGAUCCUUGUAAAAAGAAAGAAGAUUCUUGUAAACCAAAAGAGGACCCUUGCAAGAAAAAGGAGGAUCCUUGUAAGAAAAAAGACGAUCCUUGUCAAAAGAAAGAGGAUUCUUGUAAGCCGAAAGAUGAUCCGUGUAAGAAAAAAGAGGAUCCAUGUAAGAAAAAGGAGGAUCCUUGUAAAAAGAAAGAAGAUUCUUGUAAAACAAAAGAGGAUCCUUGCAAGAAAAAGGAGGAAACUUCUAAGAAAAAAGACGAUCCUUGUAAAAAGAAAGAGGAUUCUGGUAAGCCGAAAGAUGAUCCUUGUAAGAAAAAAGAAGAUCCUUGUAAGAAAAAAGAGGAUCCGUGUAAGAAAAAAGAGGAUUCGUGUAAGAAAGAGGGAAAAAAGGUUGAAGAUCCGUGCAAGAAAAGCUCUAGUAAAAGGGACUGUAGGUCUCCAAUGAACAAACCGAUUAAGAAAAUUAUAUGUACUACCCCUAAAUCGAAGUUCAGGAACAAGUAUCCCUGGAACGACCCCGAACUGGCCAACAAGCAGUCUAAACGACAAUGCGAUAAAGCAAAAGAAGCAAAAGCUGCUCAAGAAAAAAAAUGUGCCCCCAAAGAACAAAAAUCUGAUCCUUGCAUGGAUAAGACUCAGAAAGCGUGUCGCACACAACAGGCAAUAUUAAAGAAGUUCAAUAGUAUGGAUAAUACAAAGCCUGGCUCGAGUUCGAAACCUAAAUCUGUUAGUUGUUCUCCACCAGACAAAAACAAACAAAUGGAGUGUAAAAAAGAAGAUCCGUGUAAGAAGCAGGAAGAUCCAUGUAAGAAAAAAGAGGAUCCUUGUAAGAAAAAGGAAGAUCCUUCUAAGAAAGGGGACGAUCCUUGUAAAAGUAGUUCGAAACCGAAAAAGAAAUGUAGGAGUCCUACAAGCAACUCCGAUUUGCGCUCGAAAAUUCAAUCUCCUUCUGUUCAUUGUAACAUGAUGGAAAAUAAUCAAGGGGCUGUAGGAAGAACAGUGUCAUCUAUUCAAGAUGAGGCAACAGAAGAAAUGAAAAUGCACGCCAAGUUUCCCGGAAUCUUUCGAGGAUCGUCACUGGUCGUCUUGUACAGCAGGUUGUUGGAACACACAAACAUGUCAUUAUCUCAGAUUAUAAACAUGUCAUUGAGGAAGAUCAGUCACAGCAGCGGCAUUCUACAUAGAUCCAAUAAGGUCGGUUUAAAGAGCGAUGAUGAUGCCUGUAAGAAAUCUGCCUUGGAUUUGUUUCCAAAUAGGAAGAAAGUCGACUCUACUCUAGGUAUAAAAGAAUAUUGCAUAAUGAAGAACCGUAAAACGAAACAAGAAAGUGAAAAAACGGAUUAUAAAACACGUAAUGAUAAUAGUUUGGGUUUAAAAUACACUGGUCCAACAUGGGAUAAAAAUUAUCUUGAGAUAGAAGAAGAAUGCAAAAAGCCUGAAGAACCGACCAUCCUUAGAAACAAGGAAAUGAAAAAAUGUGAAGCAAAAACGACGAAAAAAGCUAGUUUAGAAAGUGUGAAAGCCAAAGAUAAAUGUCAAAAGUCCGACCCAUGCCUGGGGAAAGGCUCAACAUUAAACAGCACACCAACAAAGAAAGAGACCACUAAACUUCGCAAGGAAGCAGAGAAGAAACACAGUAUGAACAAAUGUGUAGGGAAAACUGAGAAGAAAACAGAUCCCUGUAAAAAAUCACCAAGCAACGAUAAAACUGAUAAAAAAUGCAAGGAAUCAGUUAAAACUGCCAAGUCCGACCCAUGCUUGAGCAAAAAUUUGCAAUAUGAUAUAGGUAUAAGCAAGAAAGGUGCUGAAGCUUGCGGGACAAUCCUUAGAAACAAGGAUAUGAAAAAAUGUGAAACAAAAACGACGAAAAAAGCUAGUUUAGACAGUGUGACAGCCAAAGAUAAAUGUCAAAAGUCCGACCCAUGCCUGGGGAAAGGCUCAACAUUAAAUAGCACACCAACAAAGAAAGAGGCCACUAAACUUCUCAAGAAAGCAGAGAAGAAACACGACAGUAUGAACAAUUGUGUAGGGAAAACUGAGAAGAAAACAGAUCCCUGUAAAAAAUCACCAAGCAACGAUAAAAAUGAUAAAAAAUGCAAGGAAUCGGUUAAAACUAGCAAGUCCGAUCCAUGCUUGAGAAAAAAUUUGCAAUAUGAGAUGGGUAUAAGCAAGAAAGGUGCUGAAGUUUGCGAGGCAAUCCUUAGAAACAGAGCAAUGAAGAAAUGUGAAAGAACAACGAAAAAAGCAAGUUUAGAAAGUCUGGCAGCUAAAGAUAAAUGUCAAAAGUCUGACCCAUGCCUGGGGAAAGGCUCAAAAUCAAACAGCAACGAUGCUGGCAAAGAUAAAGUUAAAAAAGAUGAUAGAUGUCGAGAAGUUUCUGAUCUUCUGUCCAAAGCACAUGACAAAACUGCUUGUAAAGAAUCAGGAGCAGUAAAAACUACCAAAAUGGAAGGUUCAUGUGAUGAAGGUGUAAGCAAAAAAGAAAGUACGAAGAAAUGUGAAACUAGAACAACAUGUAAAAAGUCUACAACCAGUAUUAGUGACAAAACUAAUAAGAAAUGCGAUAAAAUGAAACCAGGCGACGAUGAAGAGAGAUGUAGAAAAGUUGCUGAACUUUUAUCCAGAGCGCAUGGCAAAACUGAUUGCAAAGAAUCAGAAGCAGUAAAAACUACCAAAAAGAAAGAGGCAUGUGAUGAAGGCAUAAACAAAAAAGAAAGUACAAAGACAUGUGAAACAAGAACAUCAUGUAAAAAGUCGACAACCAGUGUUAGUGACAAAACUAAUAAGAAAUGCGAUGAAAGGAAACCAGGCGACGAUGAAGAGAGAUGUAGAAAAGUUGCUGAACUUUUAUCUAGAGCGCAUGGCAAAACUGAUUGUAAAGAAUCAGAAGCAGUGAAAACUGCCAAAAAGAAAGAGUUAUGUGAUGAAGGCAUAAGCAAAAAAGAAAGUACGAAGAAAUGUGAAACCAGAACAAUAUGUAAAAAGUCCAUAACCAGUGUUACUGACAAAAUGAAUAAGAAAUGCGAUGAAAUGAAACCUGUCGACAAUAAUGACAGAUGUAGAAAAGUUGGUGAAAACGAAAGUACAAAAAAAUGCGACACCAGAACAACAUGUAAAAUGUCCACAACCAGUGUUAGUGACAAAACUAAUAAUAAAUGCGAUGAAAUGAAACCAGUCGACAAUGAAGACAGAUGUAGAAAAGUUGCUGAACGUUUAUCCAGAGCGCAUGCAAAAACUGACUGUGACAAACCAGAAGCAGUAAAAACUACCAAACAGAAAGAUUGUGAUGAAGACAAAAAAGAAAGUACGAAAACAUGCGAAACAAGAACAACAUGUAAAAAGUCCACAACCAGUAUAAGUGACCAAACUAAUAAGAAAUGCGAUGAAAUGAAAACAGUCGACAACAAAGACAGAUGUAGAAAAGUAGCUGAAAAAGAAAGUAUAAAGAAAUGUGAAACCAGAACAACACGAAAAAAGUCUAAAACCAAACUAAUAAGAAAUGACAAAACUAAUAAGAAAUGCGAUGAAAUGAAACCAGUCGACUUUGAAGACAGAUGUAGAAAAGUUACUGAACGUUUAUCCAAAGCGCAUGCAAAAACUGACUGUAACGAACCAGAAGCAGUAAAAUCUAUCAAAAAGAAAGAGUCAUGUGAUGAAGGCAUAAGCAAAAAAGAAAGUACGAAAAAAUGUGAAACUAGAACAACAUGUAAAAAGUCCACAACCAGUGUUAGUGAUAAAACUAAUAAGAAAUGCGAUGAAAUGAAACCAGUCGACAAUGAAGACAGAUGUAAAAAAGUUGCUGAAAAAGAAAGUGCGAAGAAAUGUGAAACAAGAAUAUCAUGUAAAAAGUCCAUAUCCAAUGUUAGUGACAAAACUAAUAAGAAAUGUGAUGAAAUGAAACCAGUCGACAAUGAAGACAAAUGUAGAAAAGUUGCUGAACGUUUAUCCAGAGCGCAUGCAAAAACUGACUGUGUCAAACCAGAAGCAGUAAAAACUACCAACCAGAAAGAUUGUGAUGAAGGCAAAAAAGAAAGUACGAAAACAUGCGAAACAAGAACAACAUGUAAAAAGUCUAAAACCAAACUAAUAAGAAAUGACAAAACUAAUAAGAAAUGCGAUGAAAUGAAACCAGUCGACAAUGAAGACAGAUGUAGAAAAAUUGCUGAAAAAGAAAGUACGAAGAAAUGUGAAACCAGAACAACAUGUAAAAUGUCCAUAACCAGUGUUAGUGACAAAACUAAUAAGAAAUGCAAUGAAAUGAAACCAGUCGACAAUGAAGACAUAUGUAGAAAAGUUGCUGAAAGUUUAUCCAGAGCGCAUGCAAAACCUGACUGUGCCGAACCAGAAGCAGUGAAAACUACCCAACAGAAAGACUGUGAUAAAGGCAAAAAAGAAGGUACAAAAACAUGCGAAACAAGAACAACAUGUAAAAAGCCGCCGACCACUGUUAGUAGCAAAACUAAUAAUAAAUGCAAUGAAAUGAAACCAAUAGAGGAUGAACGUCAAGAUCCUAACCCAUGCUCAAUGAUUGCAAAAUAUGGCGAAGACAUAGGCAAACAGGCUGCUGAAAUUUGCAAGCAAAGACUAGAAAGUAUGAAGAAAUGUGAAACAAAAAAAGCAAGCAAGGCAAAAUCGGAAGAUCCAUGUAAAAAAACGACAUCUAAUGUUGAGGUUCAAACUGCGGACAAAUGCAAGCAAAAGGAAUUAAAAGACAAAGCUAAUAAGUCUGACACAUGCUUAAAGAAACGUCCCCAAUAUGACAUAGGUAUCAGCAAAAAGGGUGCUGAGCUAUGUGAAGCAAUACGUGGAAAUCUAGAAAAGAAGAAAUGCGAAAAAAAACCUGCAAAGAAAGUUAAAUCACAGAGUUCAUGUAAUAAAUCGAUGGAAAAAACUGUUAAAAAAUGCAGCCAAACGGAAUCAGUCAAAGAUAAAUGCGACAAACCUGACCCUUGCUCCAAAAAAAAACUUGAAGCUAAUAAAAGCAUGAGCAAAGAAUCGCCUGAGCUCUGCAAGUCGAUUUCUAAAAAGCAGGAAAUGAAGAAAUGUGAAGCUAAAUCUACACAAAAUGCAAACAUAGCUAGUGGUUUGUCAAAGAAAAAGUCAAUUUGCAAAUCUUCUAAAAGAAUCUACUACAAAACAAAAGGAUAUAAAAAAGAUUCUCGUAAGAAAGAAAUGAAGAAAUGCAAGGAUAUAUCUAAGAAAAAAGGUAAGGUUGAAUGUAAUAAAACAAAGGCUAACAAAAAAGACAAGUGUGCAGAGAAAAAAAAGGAUACUGAAAUAAAUUGCGCAAAAGAAGGUGAUGGUAAAGUUAAUAAAGAAGAUAAGUGUAAAGAAGUUGCAGAACUUUUAGCCAAAGCUCAUGGAAAAAAUGACUGCAAAGAAUCAGACGGGAAAACUACCAAAAAUAAAGCAGAUCAUGUUGAGGGAAAUAAAUUUGAAAUUUUCAUUAAGAUUAAUAAGAAAGAUGAUAAAUUGGAGUUAAAAGGAUCCAACGUUUCAUGUAAGAAUAAAGAUAAUAAAAAAGAACAGAAACUAGAAUGUAAUAAUAAAAUUAAAGAGAAGGAUAGUUGUAAAAGUGUGGCUGAAACUCAACACAAAAGUUGUAAAAAAUCAAGUAAAAUUGUCGAAAAAAAUAAAAAAUCUGUAUUAAAAGCAGGUAACAUUUUAUUUAAAAAUAAAAAUAUCAAAGAUCAAAAGCCGGAAUGCAAUAAUAAAGUUAAAGAAAAGGAUAGUUGUAAAAGUGUAGCUGAUAGUAACAAAAGUUCUAGAAAGAUUGUCGAAAAAGAUGAUAAAUGUGUUUUAAAAGCAUGUAACGAUUUAUGUAAGAAUAAAAAUAAGAAAGAUCAAAAACCAGAAUACAAUAAUAACGUAAAAGAAAAGAACAGUUGUAAAAGUGUAGCUGAAAGUUCUAGAAAGAUUGUCGAAAAAGAUGAUAAAUGUGUUUUAAAAGCAUGUAACGAUUUAUGUAAGAAUAAAAAUAAGAAAGGUCUAAAACCAGAAUGCAAUAAUAAAAUAAAAGAAAAGGAUAGUUGUAAAAGUGUAGCUAAAACUAGCAAAAGUUGUGAAAAUUCCAGUAAGAUUGUUGAAAAAGAUGAUACAUGUGUGUUAAAAUCAUGCGCCGAUGCGUGUAAGAACAAAGAUAGAGCACAGAAAGUGAAAUCCAGUAGUAGCGUUAAAGAAAAUAAUUGUGUAGAUUCUGGUAAGAUUAUUAAGAAGUCAAAAUCAUGUGAUAUUGUAACUAAGAACAAAACUAAUAUAGACCUAAAGCCAAAAUGCGAAAACAAAAUUAAACAAAAUGAUAGUUGUAAAAAACUAGCUGAAACUCCAGCAAAAUCACCUCAAAAAGCUCUCUGCAAAGAAACGUCAGUGAAAGAGAAAUCAAUUGACGAUUCAUGUAAGAAUAAAGAUAAUAAAGAACAUGAUAGUAAAGUUCAAGACCCAGAGAGAUGUAAAAAAUUCGCCGAACUUCUAGCUAAAGCACAUUCAAAAACCGAUGCAUUAGAAAAAAAGAAUGACUGUAACGAAUCAUCAGUGAAAACUGCCAAAAAAGAACCAGUAAAAUGUGAUAUUGCAACUGAAAGCACAACAAAUAUAGAUCUAAAGCCAAAAUGCGAAAAGAAAAUUAAAGAAAAUGAUAGUUGUAAAAAACUAGCUGAAACUCCAACAAAAUCACCUCAAAAAACUCACUGCAACGAAACGACAGUGAAAGAGAAAUCAAUUGACGAUUCAUGUAAGAAUAAAGAUAAUAAAGAACAUGAUAGUAAAGUUCAAGACCCAGAGAGAUGUAAAAAAUUCGCCGAACUUAUAGCUAAAGCACAUUCAAAAACCGAUGCAUUAGAAAAAAAGAAUGACUGUAACGAAUCAUCAGUGAAAACUGCCAAAAAAGAACCAGAAAAAUGUGAUAAAUUAAUCAAAGUAGAAAAAGUACAGUGCAAAAGUGAAGUUAAAGAAAAGAGUAGUAGUGAAAAAGUAGCUGAAAAUCUUUCAAAAUCAGCCGAAAAGGAUGAGUGCAAGCAAUCUUCAGAAAAAACUACCGAAAAGGAACCAGAAAGUGUAGUAGAAAAUAAAUGUGAAAGUAAAAAAGGCGAAGAAUCAAUCAAAGAAGAAAAGAUAGAGUGCAAACCUAAAGUUAUAGUACAGAAUAGUUGUGAAAAACUAACUGAAGUUCUAUCAAAAACGAUCUCAAAGGAUCCCUGUGUUGAAUCUGAGGUGGAAACUUCUAAAAAUGCAGUAGUAAAGGUUUGUGAACAAAUAAUAAAGCAACCUAAGACAGAACAAAAACCAGAAUGCAUUAAAGAAGUGAAAAAAGAAGAAGAUCCUUGUCAAACAAUUGCUGAAAUCCUGUCAAGAUGUGCCUUAAAAAGCCAAUGUGUUGAAUCGAUAUCUAAAUCUACAAAAAAGGAACAAAACGAAGUACCGGAAAAGAAAUGUGGCAGCUCUAAAAAGAUUAUUAAGGAGGAGAUAAAAAAGGAGUCUAGAGUAACUGAAAAUAAAAUAGAAAGUCACCCAAAAAUUUCUAAAACUGAAACAAUCUGUGCUAAGCCUGGUGAUGGUGGACAGAAGCCAGCUGAGCAAUCCUGUGGAGAUGUUAAAACAGAUAAAAAAGAAUUAUGUCCAAAGUUUCCGUUUCAACGUAAGAUGCCUGAAGAGUCAAAUGAUUGCAUUGAUGAUUGCUGUGCGGAGCCGAAAAAAGCUCUGCCAGACCAAAGUAUUCAGAAGGGUUUGAAGAGUCUAACGAGUAUGCUUCCAGAAGAUUGCGAAGAGGAGGUUAGAGAUAUGGGUUUGCUAAAGCAAUGCAUGAAAAUGACAAGAAAUACAAAACAACCUUUUGUUGAACCUAUAUCUGAUGAAGACGCAGAGAAGGCGUUAUGCAGUGGAGAUGAGACUGUUGUGUGUAAAGUCAAAAAAAUAGGAACUGGAGAAAAAUUGGUUUGUGGUAUAGACCUAUCUUCUGACGAAUCGGGUGAUAAAAAUGAUGAUUGCACAGAUGACGCGGAUGUGGAGAGAAUAUUGAAAUGCUCGAUAGUUAGGGACUGCAAUAACAAAGAAAAAUUUAUAUGCACAGAAGUUAUCCCAGAGGGAAAAAGGAAGACAGAGGAGGUCUUAGAUAGUUGUCGCCCGGAGUCUACAAAGAACAGGAAAAUAAAAGUUACAUCAAAAAAGCUGAUCUGUCGCAAAACUCCUUCUUGUGAGGAUGGGGAAGAACCCGGAGUGGUCUGCAAACUAUUGACAGUCGAAGAAAUCAAACUACCGAAUAAACAAAACCCAGUCAAACAGAACAAACCAACAAUGAAUAAUAGCUCAAAAAAUAUUAAAAGUCUAAAGAGCUAUAAAGACCUAUUGAGGAGAUGUCGAAGUAAAUCCAGUGACCGUUCGAAAAAUGAAGGGAAAAAACGGCAACCCUGUAUAAGGAAGGGCGACGAACAGAAGAACGAGACUAAACAUAAAGAAGAAAGUGAAGAUAAAGAGUGUUAGGUACAAUGCAAGAAGGGGGUAAGGUUAAACAUACAUGUUCAAAAUUAAAAGUGUACAAACUGUAGAAAAACAGUAAAAGUAAAUAAAAUACAUAAAAUGUGUAAUAUAUU